AUGGAAAAUAAUAUGUUCAGGAUCAAUGCUGUUAGCUGCUGGUUGAUGUUGGUAUUUUUUCAAGAUCUGAAUAAUGUGAUCUAUUUUUGCUCUUGGGUAAGACUCGAUCAGGUAGAAUCUUUGGAUGACGAACUAGAACUGGGUAUAGAGGACGAACUGGAAGGAGACAAACUGGAAGAGGGUAUAGAAGACAAACGGAAAGAGGGUAUAGAAAAUGAACUGCUGGAGGGUAUAGAAGAAAAACAGGAAAAGGAGUGUUUACGAGCAAUUGUGGACGGACCGACUGACAGACAGACAUUUCAUGUGGGCAUAUAA